GUCCCUGUCAUUUCUCUCACCACCAGUUCAGUUCCGGUUCUUCCACCUACCCUGCCAGCUGGUCCUGACUCUCAACAGUGCGCUAAUGGCGGCCUGCUACCUCCAAAUUCCCGCGCAUCCCGUGAAGUUAAUCGCAUCCAGCAGAGCACAAUCGACGCAUUCACCCGUCUUCGCGUCUGCGCAAGGCUCCUCCUACCCGCCAUCCCAAACGUCGCAACAACUCCCCGCCUUUCCACCUCCAUCCGCCACCACCGGCCGCUUCGCCUCUUCUCCCGCCAAAGCCGCCGCACUAACCACGGAAGCGACGCCGAACCGCCACGCCUCGACAGUGCCGCACGCCGCCUCCGCCGCACCCGCCGAUCUCGCUCCUACCAGCGACGUUGACGCCGGCAGUGCUCCAGAAUCCCUCACUCAGCGAGAGCGCUAUGAUCCGAAAGGCCAGGAAGUGCGAUUCUUCUCCCCAGCUAUGGAUGUCACCGAAGACGAUGGCGACGCCGGCGCAUCCGCGGCGACAUUCUCUCGAGCGACCCUCGAGUCUGCGCCUUACGCCUUCGCGUCCCUUCCGCCGACGCCCGUUUUCCCCUCCGCCCAUGCCAUGUCCGCCUUCCUCUCCGCCUUCGCCAACGUCCUGCAGAAUGUCCCCCGCCGCGGUCGCCUUUCGCAGAGUCUCCCCUCCCCCGCGGGCUCUUUGAAAUCAGCCUCCAGCGAGCUAGAAUCUGCUUCCCCUGUGUCCGCCGCUGAGGGGUCUACCGCGGCUGUGACUGUAUCGGGGGCUAGCUUGGCCGCGGCGGGAGCUGCGGUAGUGGAGAGAGUGCGGAUUGGGCUGCUUGCGAUGAUGGGCCAUCCCACACGAGGUGUGCGCGGAGGGACAGCGUGGCUGGAGCGCAAGGCAGCCGCGGAAGUGUGCCUCGAGGAGCUGGAGAGGGACUUGGUCAUGCUUCGCUCCUCCCGCCAUGACCUCCCUUCCUCCACUGUCGUCCGCCUCGCAACUCUCCAUUGCGUGGAUGCCGCUCGAAUCAUUAGGUCGCUGUGACAUCGCGCCCGAAAUGGCGCCUAAGUGUAAAUAUCUGCGUUCGCUUGCUGCGACCUGCGUCUGCUCGAGGAAGUGCUUGUGCUCGUGCCUCCGCGUGUUUGCUAUCCGUAGGUAGGAGUUUUUACGAGCGGAUUCCUUUUUGCGUUUGAAAUUGUGUGGGGUGGAGCAACGACAUGUCCCCACCUGUAUCGUUUGUAUCCCUUUUAGCCCUAGUAGUGAAGGGAGUUGCACACUCUAUGCUGCCAGUGCGGUACGAAUCUGCAGGUUACAUUUGAUGUGUGACCGUGUCUGUUUUGACCCUGAUUUCAUACUGCUCUAUAUAGUGAGUUUGGUACG